CUAGUAUAUGGCACACAGGUGGUGGGGGAGAAAAAGGGUAUAGGGCUGGCUGGGAAUGGAAUAUAAAAGGGGAAGGACGGAGCUUGACGACUCGAUUAACUUACAACCAGGACAAGCACAAAACAACCAAGACCGUGGAGACCGAGACAACAUCAACCCCAGAGUGCAGUUCAAUCAAGUCAAGCUCGUUGCCAUCUUAGUACGAAGUCACCAUGUCUGACGCAGAUGCUUACCUCGACUUCGCCGCCAACCGGCGCACUAUUUACAACCUGACGAACGAAUCGACCAUUUCAGACGCGAAGCUCGAGGAAAUCGUCAAGAAGACCCUGCUCGUGACGCCCUCUGCAUUCAACACCCAGAGCGCCCGCAUCAUCGUCCUCCUGGGCGAACAGCACAAGAAGCUGUGGGACAUUGUCAGGGCCGCCUUGGCUCCACACGUGGCCGGCAACCCAGAGCAAGCCGCAGCCACCGAGGCGAAAGUGAACUCCUUCCAAGCGGCAUAUGCCUCGAUCUUGUUCUUCGAGGACCCAUCCACGUACGACCCGAUCAUGUCGUUCGUGGCGUAUGCCGACAAAUUCGAGGCCUGGCGAGAGCAAGGCAGUGGCAUGCACCAAUUGGUACUGUGGACCGCGAUGGAGGCGGCGGGUCUGGGAGUCCAUGUGCAGCAUUACAACCCGCUCAUCGACGACGAGGUGAAGAAGACGUGGUCGAUCGAUGCGAACUGGAAGCUGACCGCUCAGAUGGUCAUCGGGAAACCAGCUGGCGAGAAGCCCGCUCCCAAGGAAAAGAAGCCCUUGGAAGGAAGAUAUCGGGUCAUUGCUUGAGCUGCUUUGAUGGGCGAGGCUCGUAGACACUGUGGACGGAGAGACGGAUUGCACAUGAUUUAUUCUCCUAGACUUGCUAAAUUUUGAGCACCAGUAAAAUACCACACACUUUGACAUU